AUGGGCCUUUGGAAACAUCCAGAACAUGUUUGGAUACAGCGUAUCGUGCUUCUUUGUCUUCUGCGCUGCUCUUCGGCGCAGACUGUAUAUUCCGUUUCUGAGGAGGUCGACAAAGGUACGUUUGUUGGAAACAUCGCUAAGGAUAUAAAUGUGGAUGUGAAGGAACUGGAAUCUCGAGGGCUUCAACUCGUGUCGGGGUCUAGUAAGAGAUAUUUCGACGUAAAUUUGAAAACUGGUGUUCUGUAUGUCGAUGACAGAAUUGACAGAGAGGCACUCUGCCAAAAUCAGGUAAAAUGCUCUUUAAAUAUCGAGGCCAUAUUGAAUCACCCCAUGUAUCUUCACCGAAUUGAAGUAAAUAUUUUAGACAUCAAUGAUAACACACCAUCGUUCCUUGACAGAAAUCAUUUUUUAAAUAUUACUGAGUUGGCAAUUCCAGGAGAGAGAUUUCAUUUGCCCAUAGCUAAUGAUCCUGAUGUGGGAAGUAACUCAGUAAAGACCUACAAACUGAGUUCGAAUGAACAGUUCUCUCUGGAUGUACAGAACAGUGGAGAGCAGAGUGUAUAUGCUGAGCUGGUGCUGCAGAAAGCUUUAGACCGAGAGAAGCAGUCCGUGAUUCAGCUCCUACUGACUGCUGUUGACGGAGGAAAACCUCCCAGAUCCGGGACAUUGCAGAUAAUUGUGAAUGUGAUCGAUGUAAACGAUAAUGCACCUACAUUUAGUAGCUCCCUAUAUAAAGUUCGUGUUCCUGAGAACGUUCCUUAUGGAACAACUAUCCUCACUCUGACUGCUACAGACGCUGACGAAGGAGUAAACGGUGACCUCGUAUACUCUUUAAUAAGACGUGGCAGGUUGAAUCAUCUUGACAUUUUUGCAAUCGAUCCGAAAACUGGAGAAAUCACCACAAAGGGAACUUUGGAUUACGAGGAAAGCUCUGCAUAUGAAAUCCGUGCACAGGCACAGGAUGGAGGACAUUCGCCCAGGAGUACUCACUGUAAGGUGUUAGUGGAAGUUGUUGAUCUAAAUGACAACGCCCCAGAAAUAACAGUGACGUCACUAAUGAGCCCGAUCAAAGAAGAUUCUACUCGAGGGACAGUGGUCGCUUUGAUUACCGUCGCAGAUAAAGAUGGUGGAAAAAACGGACUUGUGAAGUGCACUCUGGUUUCUGUGCUGCCUUUUAAACUUCAAUCUUCAUAUAAGAACUCUUACUCAUUGGUAGUUGACGGGCCACUGGACAGAGAAAACGCAUCCCGUUAUAAUGUCACCAUUAGAGCGACGGAUGAAGGGAUUCCGCCUCUCUCCAGCACCAGCAUCAUAACAGUACAGGUUUCUGACGUAAACGACAACGCGCCGCGCUUUCCCGAGUCCGUCAUUAAUGUUCAUUUGAAAGAAAACAGCGCAGUUGGCUCUGUAAUUCACCGUGUGUCUGCAUUUGAUCCGGAUUUAAAUGAAAAUGCAAAAGUGUUCUAUUCUUUAUCGCAGAGUUCAACUAAAAGCACGACCCCAUUAUCAGCUAUCAAUGUGAACUCUGUCAGUGGAGAUAUAUACAUUAUGCAGUCCUGUAACUAUGAGGAAAUUAAAACUUUCCAGUUUCAAGUGCAGGCCACAGACUCUGGUGUUCCUCCACUAAGCAGCAACGUGACUCUGAACGUUUUUAUCCUGGAUGAGAAUGACAACAGUCCUGUGGUUCUCCCACCCUAUUCUGACCAGGGCUCCGUUAAUACUGAGAACAUUCCCUAUUCUGCUGAUGUGGGCUACUUUGUGGCCAAGAUCAGGGCUGUAGACGCAGACUCUGGUUACAAUGCGCUGCUUUCUUAUCACAUCACUGAACCCAAGGGCAGCAGCCUCUUCCGAAUCGGAAGCAGCAGCGGGGAAAUAAGGACUAAGAGGCGAAUGAGUGACAAUGACUUGAAGACUCAUCCAUUGGUGAUUUUGAUUUCUGACCACGGAGAACCUUCCCUCUCAGCGACUGUGUCUGUUGAUGUCGUGGUUGUUGAAACCGGUGAAAUACAGACAUCAUUCAGACAGCUGCCGAAAAAGGAAGAAGGUUUCUCGGAUAUAAAUCUAUAUUUGCUGAUCGCCAUCAUCUCGAUUUCAGUUAUAUUUUUGCUGAGCCUCAUUAGUUUAAUUGCUGUAAAAUGCCACAGGACUGAUGGCGGUUUGAGCAAGUACAGCGCUCCAAUGAUCACCACACACCCUGACGGGAGCUGGUCUUACUCCAAAUCUACCCAGCAGUAUGACGUGUGUUUUAGCUCGGACACACUGAAGAGUGACGUUGUGGUUUUCCCCACGCCGUUUCCACCUGCUGAUGCGGAGCUCAUCAGCAUUAACGGAGCAGACACUUUAAAACGGAACCAAACCCUUCCGAAUAGCGCAAAGGUAAGAAAACCAAAGCUGAAUUAUCCUCCUAUUUGA